AUGUCAGAACCCGACCCUUCAUCUGGCUUUGUAGGAAACAUGGAAAACGGGACUUUUCUGGAGCUGUACCCCACAUCCCUCUCAACUUCAGUGGAUUCAUCACCUGGCCGUUUAUCCAAUGUCUAUGUCUAUGUUUCUAUAUUCCUUAGCCUCUUAGCUUUUCUCCUUUUGCUACUGAUCAUUGCACUUCAGAGGCUGAAAAACAUCAUUUCUUCCAGUUCAUCCUACCCAGAGUACAAUAGUGAUGCUGGAAGUUCUUUCACUAAUUUAGAGGUUUGUAGUAUUUCUUCCCAGCGCUCUGCUCUCUCAAACCUUUCUUCAUGA